GACGGGAGCGCUGCUGAUUAUCUGGGCAACUGUCAGUGCAGACAGACCGCUGGCGAACCCGACAACCGCGCAUCCAGCUUCAUUCCUGACAUGCUUUUUGUAUUUUAUCGGAAAAAUAGAGCAACUGUAAACAUUUAUUUGCGAGAAGUCUUGCGUCAGUCCACCUGGAGUUUGUUUUAAAUUGACGCAUAACUGCGAAGGAAAGAUUAAAAGUUAUAUUAGAGACGUCUUAUGUUUAGACGUGGUGGUGAUGGUGGAGCAGUGAGGAGACAAGACCAAGAGAUAAAGAAGAAGGUGGAAAAGCUUAAAAUAUAUUUAUAGGAAGCCUCUGAUAACUCUUGCUGAAGGCCAAACAAAUGUUGGCUCCGGAAGAGGAGCUACUGAGCUCCUCUAAACCCACCAAAUACGGAGAGCUCAUCAUUCUUGGUUACAAUGGCUCACUACUGAAUGGAGAUAGGGGCAGAAGGAGGAGUCGUUUCGCUUUAUUUAAGAGACCCAAAGCUAACGGAGUCAAACCCAGCACCGUUCACACCGGGUGCAGUCCGCAGACUGCCAAGGCCAUCAGUAACAAAGACCAGCACAGUGUAUCAUACACCUUAUCUAGGGCACAGACCGUAGUUGUGGAGUACACACAUGACAACACCACUGACAUGUUUCAGAUCGGUCGAUCCACUGAAAGCCCCAUAGAUUUUGUGGUGAUAGACACGGUACCCGGCUGUCACGGUAAAAGCGACACGCUGUCGUCCCAGAGCACGAUUUCACGAUUCGCUUGUCGGAUAGUGUGUCAGAGAGCGCCACCGUACGCAGCACGCAUCUACGCCGCCGGCUUCGACUCGUCCAAAAGCAUCUUUCUUGGGGAGAAAGCAGCGAAAUGGUGGUGCGCAGACAGCCAGAUGGACGGACUGACCACAAACGGUGUAUUAGUGAUGCGUCCCCAACACGGCUUCACCUGCGAGUCCAAUCCGGGCACCUGGAGAGAGAUCUCGGUCUGUGGAAACGUCUUCGCGCUUAGAGAGACAAGGUCUGCACAGAAACCAGGCCAAGUGGUUGAAAAUGAAUGUCAGGAGCUGGUCGACGGCUCUUUAAUCGAUCUGUGUGGUGCGACUCUUUUGUGGAGGUCAGCAGAAGGCCUCUCUCGAACACCCACUGUCAAACACCUUGAAGCGCUUCGAAGGGAACUGAACGCUGCGCGGCCCCAAUGUCCUGUAGGGUUACAAACUCUGGCCUUCCCCAGUUUAGAUCGCUCCAUCAGGGGUUCACCCCACGAGGACCAGCCCUGGGCGUAUCUUCAUUGCGGACACGUGCACGGCUACCAUGCCUGGAAAGGGCGCCACAGGUUCAUGAAAGUGGGCUCGACCGAAGAGGAGGAGGAUGAGUCCGAGACGAAAGAAGCGAUGGAGACAGAACUAUUGAUGGAGGGGGAGAGAGAGUGUCCGCUGUGCCGUACGCGGGGUUUGUACGUUCCCUUAAAGUUAGGCCGCGAGUCGGGCUUCUACCUGGACGCUGCUCCUCCAACACACGCUUUUAAUCCGUGCGGUCACGUGUGUUCAGAACGAACGGCAGCGUUUUGGAGUAAACUGCCAAUACCGCACGGAGCUCAAGGUUUUUACCCAUCAUGCCCGUUUUGUAUGAAACCCCUCGCUAGGGACAGGAAGUACGUCAGACUUAUAUUUCAGGGACUUACGGAUUAAGUGUAUGUGUGUGUGUGUGUAAGUGACUUCACUGGACUAGCAGUGCUCCUACAUGCUGCUCCUCAAAAGCCUAAGUUACAUAUUUAACCCACAUCACUGUUUUUCACACAAGCAUGUUCUCUGCACUGCCGACUGCCUCGUGCUGCCUGAUUGGACGACGCGAAACGUUCGCUGUACUUUUGGUAGUUUACUGUUAAAUGUGUCUGCGGUUGAGCUGAAAUAAAUACAAAUACAUGGUUACAAGAUGACACAAUAAUUUUUACUUCUUUACUUGAUCAGGAAUUUGAGCUUAUACACGUCAAAUAGUGGUCGACCGAUAUGUUUUUUUUGGGGGGGGGGGGUGCCGAUAUUUAGAAAGCAAUGUGGCCGAUAUAACACAAAUGUAGAAACAAGAAAUGAGAUCCAAAUAGAAAAUUGGUUAAACUACAUAAACUUUCGUUAUGCAUAAUAUUUAUUGACGGUUUCAUCGGACGCACGUGCGUUGUCACAGUUACGCACCUGGCUCGAAUUUAACUUCCAGUAUGUGUUUGUUUAGCGUUCUGGCUAGCAGCUAAACUGAACUCUGGAACAAAUACGUUGUCAAAAAUAAAAA